AGACCAGUCAUGGCUGCUGCAGAUGAGAUAAAUGAAGCUACAUCAGUCACAGAAGAAGAGAUUCAUCCCCUGAAGACUUUAGAAGAACUUCUCAAAUGGCAGGAACCAAAGAGCUGUGUUGAAGAGAUACAGCAUGUUACACAAUUAUGUUCUUCCACUUGUUCAAACUCAUCAGCUCAUCCUCUCACUCUUGUGUGCCAUGACAUGAAAGGAGGCUACUUAGAUGAUAGGUUCUACAAGGGAUGCAAGAACAAGGAUGCAUAUAGGUUCUACAGUUGGUCUGGUGUUAAUGCAUCAUACUUUAGCCACUCUCUAGUGACUACCCCUCCAGGUUGGAUUCAUGCUGCACACGUACAUGGGGUUAAAGUUCUAGGAACAUUCAUCACAGAGUGGGAUGCAGGUGCUGAAAUUUGCAAUAAAAUAUUGGCUGACAAGUCAUCAGUUCAGAAUGUAGUACUGCAGUUGACCAGAAUAGCCAAGUACCAUGGGUUUGAAGGAUGGCUUCUUAAUAUUGAAAACAAAAUAAACCCUGAACAGAUUGGCAGAUUAACUGACUUUGUUGAAAGACUGACGUCCUCUAUGAAGGAAGUUUGUCCUAAUGCGCUGGUCCUGUGGUAUGAUAGUGUCACUAGAGAAGGAGAACUGAAAUGGCAGAAUGAGCUGAAUGAAAUGAACAGGCAGUUCUUUGAUGUCUGCGAUGGAAUAUUCCUCAAUUACACCUGGAAUGAAGAUAGCCUUAUACGAUCCAGGGAAGCUGCCGGUGAAAGGAAAUUUGAUGUCUGGGUUGGGCUGGAUGUGUUUGGCAGAAACUUCUAUGAAGGAGGGAAAUUCAAUACAUACAAGGCCUUAGAAGUAGUCAGAGCACAGGAACUGUCAGCUGCCAUCUUUGCCCAAGGUUGGACGUAUGAGACACAGGAGAACUUUGUAGAGGCUGAAAGCAAGCUGUGGCUGUCCCUGUCACCCCACCUCUGUCAUCAUGGACCAGCAGAUCUACCUUUUAAAACCUCAUUCUGUCAGGGCUUUGGAGAGAAGUUAUUUUCUCAGGGUGAGGUAGUGUGCAGUGACAACUGGCAUAACCUAUGCAAACAACAGUACCAACCUCUGUGGGCUCAGGAAAUUGAUGGUGGGAACUUGUCUUUGGUGACCAGUGAUGCUUUUUCUGGUGGAGGCUGUUUAAGAUUAACAACUUCAAAGCCAACUAAGAUCAGGUUGUUGACUUGCAAGAUAAGCUGGAAGAUUGCUCUGGUAAUAUCCCUAACAUACAAAUGGCAGAGCAAAUCUACAAUCCCUUUUAGCCUGAUUCUUCGGCACAAACAGAUAGCAGGAAACUCCACUGACCAACCACUGGAAGAAGACAUCAUCUUGCCAUGCGAGGAGGACACAAGGACAGCAACAAGUGAAAACUGUCCGAGCCUUGUGGUUGACACUGGUGUUAAUGGAUGGAGACAAAAGACAUUCUCUGUGCCAGAGGAUGAAGAAAGGGAAGUGUUUGAGGUAGAUAUUUGGGUUGAUGGAGAAGCAUCAAUUCUCAUAGGAGAGUUACACAUCUACAAUCGUUGCAUUAAAGGUUUGCAAAAAUAACUGUAAACCAUGCUUUUGGAGCCCAGAAAAAGAGCCUGUAUUGCAGUAACCUGGAGAAAAUAGUAUAAGCAUAUACUCCUAUAGGAAAGAGCUAAUUCCACCUGCAAGGACAGAUAAACCAACCAUAAACUGUCAAGCCAUUAAUAUGACAGAUUAAUAAACAAUUGUUGCUCUCCUUUACCCCAUUUACCAUGUGCCUAAGUAUGACAAAUUUGUGUAUAUUGUGCUUUAGAGGUUUAACCCUUCCUGGUAAGAGAAAGCUCGCUUACAAAUUGAAAAAUUAUCAUUAUUUUUUGUACUCUAUUAUCAUAUAAGUUGAUGUUAUGAAUGGUAAUUUAUUGGUAAUAAGAAUCUUAGUAAUGUUUAUGUGUACAGAGUUUAAAAGCCAAAAGUUAUCUUAAUAAACUGUCCUUUGAAUUUGAUUGAAUUUAAAACUAAUGUUUAGAAUACCAUGUGUAUAUUCUUUAGAGUCUUUACUCAAAUUGAAUUUGGUAAAUUGAUGUAAAUCCAAAUAUUAUGCAAAAUUUCCUCUUAGUUAGAAGCUGAUAUUUAUGAUCACUUGAUUAUUGACAAAAACAUUUGAAUAAUUUAUUAUUAUUAUUUAAAUGCAUUCAGUACUGUAUGCUUUUGUAUAUGCUAUAUACUGUCAGUGUACUGUAUUUUGAAA